AUGUUGCCCUACAUUAAUGCUCCAUUCGAGUAUGCCGGCAGCAUACUUGGAAACUCGGCAGACGAGCUAAAACUCGUCUUUUCCUUCUACCUGUCAUAUCCACUUGCGGCUGUCCUCAAGAGGAUACCUGACAAGGAUCCAUGGAAGAAGAACUUGUUCGUAAUCAGUGUGUCCAUGUUCUACCUGGUUGGUCUUUUUGACCUGUGGGCCGGGCUUCGAACAAUCUUCAUCAGUGCGGGCGGCGCCUACCUAAUCGCAUCCAAGAUUCACUCCCCUUACAUGCCCUGGAUUGGCUUCGUCUUCCUCAUGGGCCACAUGUCUGUCAACCACAUCUACCGCCAGGCUGUCAACGACCCUUCCGUCUUUGACAUAACCGGUGCCCAGAUGGUCAUGGUAAUGAAGCUUACCGCCUUUUGCUGGAACGUGCAAGAUGGUCGUCUCGCUGACUCUGACCUCACUGAUUUCCAACGCGAACAUGCCAUCCGCACCAUGCCCAGCCUCCUCGACUAUACAGGCUAUGUCUUCUUCUUCCCAGGUCUCAUGGCCGGCCCUGCAUUUGACUAUGCCGACUACAGCCAGUACAUCACUACCACCAUGUUUACCCUCCCGCCAGGCACAGAUCCCUCCCGGGCCCCGCCGACACGAAAGAAGCGUAAGAUUCCUCGGAGUGGAGUGCCGGCUGCCAUCAAAGCUGGGUACGGCACGCUCUGGCUAGUUGCCUUUAUCAAAUUCUCAAGCUGGUACUACCCUGCCUUCUACCUUGGUGGCGAGUGGAUGCACUACACCUUCUUGCGCAGGGUGUGGCAGCUAUACAUGCUCGGACUUACUACCCGUAUGAAGUACUAUGCUGUGUGGAGCUUAUCAGAAGGAGCAUGCAUCCUGUCUGGCAUCGGUUACAAUGGUCUAGACCCCAAGACACAUCGACCAAAAUGGGAUCGCCUCACCAACAUUAUGCCGCUGGAGAUUGAGAGCGCUCAAAAUGCACGAGCUUACCUUGGCUACUGGAACAUUAAUACGAACUCUUGGCUGAAGAAUUACAUGUACCUGCGCGUAACUCCGAAGGGCCAGAAGCCCGGCUUUCGGGCUACCUUGGCAACUUUUGUUACGAGUGCCUUCUGGCAUGGCUUUUACCCUGGCUACUACCUGGCGUUUGUGCUAGCGGCAUUUGUACAGACUGCCGCAAAGAACGGCCGCCGCUUGGUUCGCCCACUUUUCCUGACUCCUGAUGGCAAAUCGCCCUUACCUACGAAGCGGUACUAUGAUGUCUUUACCAUGGUGUUGACACAAACUGUCUUUGCUUUUGUCGUCGCCCCCUUCAUCUUGCUGGGCUUCUCGGACACGAUCAAAGUUUGGGCACGCGUCUACUUCUACGCGCUCAUCGGCGUCGCAGCGUCGUAUGCCCUGUUCUCCCGUUCUUUUCCGUUUCGAAAGAUGCUCGUGCAGCGGCAAACUGCCCGUGUACCACCAGCACAACCAGCCAGUCAAAUUGAUGGCCCUACAAUUGAGAAGGCCGCACGAGAGGAAAUUCGGAGAGAAACAUUGGCUAGAACUGUGUCAGCAGAUAGUGUGUCUGGUGUUGGCAGCCAACACCAGAUGCCACUUUUGGGUAUUGCCGAUGACCCUGAAAAAGUAGUCGAUGAGAUUGUGGCCGAGGUGAAAGCAGAGAUAGAACUGAGAAGACGGAGGGGCAGCAUAACACAGGGGUUUGAUGUCAAGAAAGCAGUGCAGGAGAAGCUCAGCCAGUUCACGAAGAAGUCGUAG